CCCCUCGGCCGCGCGCAACUGCACACCGCAAACCCAUGCGGUGCUGUCAUGGUGAAGCACUCGCCAUGCUGCGAUAUGGUUGACUGAUCCUCGCGCUCCCUGGCAACAGUAGAUCUCGGCCCAGUUUCCUUGGCCGCCAACAACGACGGGCGUCUGCAAAGAGCGGCGAGAAAACGCUCCCCCGCUUGCAUCGGCGCCGCUCCCGCUUAUCUGUCCCCACGGGUUGACAAAAUCGCCCAGCAUGUCUCGGUCACUUUCUCUCAAGGAGGAGGGCAACCGCCUUUUCCAGACAGGCGAUUAUGCCGGCGCCGAGAGCCUCUACUCCCGCGCCAUACUAGUUGACCCCAAGAAUCCCGCCCUCUUCACCAACCGUGCCAUGGCACGCCUCAAGCUCAGCCAUUGGGACUCAGUCAUCUCCGACUGCAUCACCUGCCUGGCCCUCGCGCCCGCCAACAUGAAGGCCAACUACUACCUCGCCCAGGCCCAGCUCGCCCUCCGCGACUACGAUGCCGCCCUCGAGUCCGCCAACAAGGCCCACGAGCUCUGCGCCGCCACAAACGACCGCUCCCUCGCCGCCGUCACGGCCCUCGUCCUGCGAGCCAAGAAGGAGCGCUGGGAGAGCCGGGAGAAGCACCGCGCCAGGGAGGCCGUCGAUCUCGAGCGCGAGCUGUGCGACCUGCUCCAGUCGAGGCGCGACCAGCUCCUCGCCUCCGAGACCGACGACGCGGAGAAGGACUUUAUUCGCGACGAGGCGGACGCAAAGGCGUCGCUGCUCAGGGACAUGUUCGAACGCGCCCGCGCGCAGGCCGGGGUGCGUCGCGAGGUGCCCGAGUGGGCCAUCGACGAUAUAUCGUUUGGCAUCAUGGUUGAUCCCGUCAUCACGAAGACGGGCAAGUCGUACGAGCGCGCCUCCAUCAUGGAGCACCUGCGCCGACACCCCAGCGACCCCUUGACCCGCGAGCCGUUGCAGCCCUCCGAGCUGCGACCCAACCUCGGCCUGCGGCAGGCGUGCGAUGAAUUCCUCGAGCACAACGGCUGGGCCGUUGAUUAUUAGCCAGCGGCCGCCGCGGAGCCUAUUCACAGUCAUUUCUUGCGGAUGGAUAUAUUUGCGUCUUGGUACAUGAAGCGUUGAAUGGCGUUUUGGGUCGGGACACGUAGCGUUAACCUCAACACCAAAGUCUAGGCAUGAUGAUAUUUAUAGCGUUUCCAUGUAUACUCAACGUACUCCAUAGCAACUCAAUUGC